CUAUUUUCAUGCAACAGUUUCUUCAUCAUGGAAAUGCAUCAAUAUCGAUUAAGAGUAUCAUUAUCUUGUCCUAUCUAACUAUUAAAGAUAUGAAACCAGAAAGAAUUCGAUUUAACCUAUUCUUCAUCCUUUCUAUUUUAUUGUGUUGUGCAGCGAUGACAACACCGGAAAAUGAAACAUUAGUUAAGAACAAUUCAAUAACCGGUCAAAUACUUGUAUCCUGUGCAAUAAUAAUUCUUUGCUUACCGUUUAUUGGCAUGAUCUGUUACCUAAUAAAUAUAAGGUGCCGAUUUGUGAUAUUCGAUAUAUUUUUUCCGAUUAAAAAAGAUAUUGUUUGCUUAAGAAUUGAUGAAAUUUCACCUGAUCCUAGUUUAUAUCAUAUUGAACCUCGACCACGUAGUAACACAAAUAAUUCCCAAAAGUUGUAUUACGAACUGUUGAAUGCAGAUUCACAAUACUGUAAUUCACCUACAAGUACUGAUCAGUCGACAAUUUCGAAUAUUUCAAAUGGUGUUUUAAGUGAAAAUUCUCAAGAAUUAUCAGACCAAGCUCUUUUGCACUAGCUGUAUAAGCAGCCCUUAAAGCACAUUUUCUCUACAUUAGAAGGCUUCUAAUAAUAUAGUUUCUUUACACUAUUCUUUUUGAAUAAUACCUAUUUCAAAAAAUGUCCGUUAACGUGUGUUGAUCACGAAAAAAAAACACCGCCUUUGUUUCAAAGUUACACCCUUCUCCAUUGUAGUUAUUCAGUCUUAAUUAUGCAUCUUAUAUUCGAGAAUGCAAAUGACACCUUGAAGAUAUAUCUAUUAGGGAUGUUGUAAAUUAUCGCAUGCAAUAAAGACAGCCACCAAAAUUGAUCCCAGUAUAUGAUGACAUGAUCAUAUGCAAGAAAAUCGCAUCGUCUGUAUCAAAGAUAUAUAUUAUAUAUCUAAAGCAGUGUAGACUAAGAAACACAUAGCUUGUGUUCAAGAUCCAGUUGAUUUAUAGACUUAAUGUAUACUGUUUGUCAUCUACUGAAAGAAUUUCCAAUACCCGUUUCAAUAAGGCGAAAGCCACAUGAAUUCGUAGGUAAAGCUAAAGCACAGGAAACCUUAAGACGUUUGAGCUGGUUUAAUAAAUUCGUAUCCCUAUACAGCCAAGUGGGCUCAUUUUUCCUAAGAACUUGUGCGUAUAAGCAUAAAUAUUUUUCUCAUAUCCAUUUCUGUAAGAUGUCUAUAAAUGUCAUGUUGUUAAGUAACAUUAAUUUCUGCAUGUUUUUUGACUGGAAACAAUAGUGAAAAAGACAAUGUGCCUUGUUACACAUGCUGUUAAUUUAUUACAUGUCAUAAAAGAAAAUUAUCUAAACGAUAUGGUCUUGAACCUAAUAAUCCUGUUUUCAAAACUUCGGAAUUCGUUAAAGCUUCACUUAAAUUGCAUUUAUUGAAAAUACAUUUUGUAAAACCAGGAAAACUUGUCAUAAAGCGAGCUGUCGUUAACGAAAUUCUGAAUUCAUUUAAAACGCUGGUAUUUGAAUAAUAAGUUACUUUUGAUUAUUAAGUGCAUGGUGGAAAUAUUUUAUGCUUGUUUUUCUUUACCACCAGCUGUCAAACAUGGUUGAGUAUGGUCUUGUUUGUUACAAACAUUGACUAUGUACUUAUCAACAUAAAUUCUAACGCUAAGAAGCUUCAAAUCAAAAUUAAAAUACAGAAUUGUU